AAGCGAAUCCAGGAAGUGUUUUUGUUACUGAAGGCGGAAGCAUAUAUUCCACAGAAGCUGGAAGUCUUUUAGUGGAAGGGGAGAAAACGCUGUUAACGAGAAAUAACAUCGUUUUAAGUCACUCUACACACGGUACAGCGAAUCUUGUUUUUCGUUGUCGGCUUGCCUGGAUCACCGCUGUUUUUGCCACCCGGAGUGUGAUUUCUGACCUCGCUCACAAUCGGCGCGUGGACUUCCAACCCUUCCCAGACUCCGAGUAUUUAGUUUGUUCCCUAACAGUCUCUGUCAAUGGCUGGACGUGGUGGUGGAGGACCGAACAGGCCUAAUGGUGCUGCAGCAGCAAAUAAAAUCUGCCAGUUCAAGCUGGUCCUGCUGGGGGAGUCAGCGGUGGGGAAGUCGAGCUUAGUGCUGCGCUUUGUCAAAGGGCAGUUCCACGAAUUCCAGGAGAGCACCAUUGGAGCCGCUUUCCUCACUCAGACAGUCUGUCUUGAUGACACCACUGUGAAGUUUGAGAUCUGGGACACAGCAGGUCAGGAGCGCUACCACAGUCUGGCUCCAAUGUACUACAGAGGGGCUCAAGCAGCCAUCGUGGUCUAUGACAUUACCAACACAGACACUUUUGAUCGUGCGAAAAAUUGGGUGAAGGAGCUUCAGAGGCAGGCCAGUCCCAACAUAGUGAUCGCUCUGGCUGGCAACAAAGCGGACAUCGCAAACAAGAGAGCUGUCGAGUUUCAGGAGGCACAAGCCUAUGCCGAUGACAACAGUCUGCUUUUUAUGGAGACCUCAGCCAAGACUGCUAUGAAUGUCAAUGAAAUUUUCAUGGCUAUAGCAAAGAAGCUACCGAAGAGCGAGCCCCAGGGUACAGCUGGACAAGGUGGGCGGACAAGGACAGGAGUAGAUCUAGAACAAACUAACCCUCAGGGCAGCAGCAGCAGCCGGUGCUGCGGCGGCAACUAGGAAGCAAGAAAAAACGAACUUGGUGAACGAGCCCUGAACAUCAUUUUAAGGACAGCAUGUAGCAAAAAGCCAGAGAGGCAGGAGAGGGCAGAACCACUCGCCACUUCCACAGUGAGAUUACAGAUGAGAUUAUCUGCAUCCCGUUUGAUUAAAGGAACUUUUGUAAAGCAAAUCAUAAGCUAGAGGGAAUUCCCAAGAUCCCUCACUACUUCUCUGUCUUUUCCUUCUGUGUCUGUCCGCCUCCCUGUUGAUCUUUAGCAUCUCUCUGAUGAUCGAACGCUGUUAUAAAUGAAUUUGAAGCAUGAUGCUGAGGUUGUUGGAAUUGUUGGAGUGAAUGUAUAUCUGUGUGUGUGUGUGUGUGUGUGUGUGUCUGUGUGUGUCUGUGUGUGUGUAGAAUAUGUAUAUUUAUAUAUGCACACACGUUUUCUACUCCUGUCAUUUGCCUAUAUUCAGUGGAUUUAAAAAGAAAACGACCCAAAAAUAUUAAUCCUUAAAUUACAAAUGGUAGAGCGAUUUAAUCUUUUUUUCUUAAUGCAGCAUAAGGUCCCAUUUUCACCUGACAUUAGCAUGUGUAAGUUGUCUUGAUAGUGACAGGUGACAUUUGGAGUUAGCAGUUAGCCCUUGUAUAAAAUCAUCUGACCGUGUCCUGACGUUGUCUCUAUAUGCAGGUUAGUCGGGUUGGUUGGUUAGUUCACAAGUUAAAAAAAAAAAGAUGGAUCUUUUAUCUUUGCAAGUUGCCCAUCUCUGUGUCCAGAAAUUAAUAUUAUCCAUUUCUGGAAAGAGGAGAUAGAAGACUUUGAAGGUUCUGCUUAACAUUUCAGUUUAAUGAUGCGAGCAGGAAGAGGCAGAACUUGUUGGGUAGAUGAUUUUUUUUUAACUUAAUGUUGUUAGGCUGCACUGACUGCAUUUACACUAACAGAUCUAAUCAGAGUGCAAGCCAAGCACCUCUAAAUGUGGCCUGGAUUGUCUGAUUACAUACCGAUCACAGUGCAUAAAAUUACACCUGCAUUCCUUAUACUUUCCCAUCAUUAAAUUAUCUAGUUGCAGAUCACAUUGUAAUGCCAGGUGUAGAGGUGGCUUUGGUUAUUCUUAAUAGGGAGUUGGGUAAGACUGUUAUAAGAAAAGCUCAAGACUUUGCUUGCUGAGGGUGGUCGUGAUUGGAGGGGCUACACUUCUGAAGAGGCUGUACCAUAAAUGCAGUUGUUUUCUUGCAUUGUUUUAUUGCUAACUGUAACACCGGAGAGUUGCUAGCCUUUUUUUAAAGAAAUGUGAAAUAACUUGUAAAUCUGAAAUGAAAUAAAUAACAUACAAGAUUCA